CGUGGGCUUAAGAAAAGCCCCAGUGGCAUCGAGCGCAUCGCGCAGUCGUCCUCGGCUACCCCCGCGGCUCCGCCCCACCUCCCCUUCCGUCAGCGACCGCAACCACCAGACCACCGGUCACCACCCAAUGGAGGCUGGGGAAAUCGGAGGGGCCCUCCUCUUCGUCCUCGCCGCCGCCGCCGCCGUCGCGGUCGCCGUGUCCGUCGGCGCGGUCGACUUCAGCCGCCCGCUCACCGCAGGCUCGCCGCUCGACUUCCAGGGGGCGGUGUCCUGGCUCAUCGGCAUCCUCGAUGGCACGUCCUCCGCGGCGGCGGACGUGUACGGGGCGUGGGUGGCGGUGCGGGCCGGGCUGAUCGCGCCGGUGCUGCAGGUGGCGGUGUGGGCGUGCAUGGUGAUGUCGGUGAUGCUGGUGGUGGAGGCCGUGUACAACAGCGUCGUCAGCCUCGGCGUCAAGGCCAUUGGGUGGCGGCCUGAGUGGAGGUUCAAGUGGAAGCCCCUCGACGGCGCCGACGAGGAGAAGGGGAGCGCCCACUUCCCUAUGGUCCUAGUCCAGAUACCCAUGUACAAUGAGCUGGAGGUGUACAAGCUGUCAAUAGCGGCAGCAUGUGGGCUGCAGUGGCCAAAGGACAGGAUAAUGGUUCAAGUGCUGGACGAUUCCACUGACCCCUUUAUCAAGAAUUUGGUGGAGCUUGAAUGUGAGCACUGGGCGAACAAAGGCGUCAAUAUUAAGUAUGCCACAAGAACCAGCCGCAAGGGGUUCAAGGCAGGGGCUCUGAAGAAAGGAAUGGAAUGUGACUAUGCAAGGCAAAGCGAAUACAUUGCCAUAUUUGAUGCUGAUUUCCAGCCUGAACCAGAUUUUCUGCUCCGAACUGUCCCAUUCCUUCUGCACAAUCCCGAAGUUGCACUUGUUCAAGCUCGGUGGUCCUUUGUGAAUGGCACCACAAGCCUGCUGACAAGGGUACAGAAGAUGUUUUACGACUACCACUUCAAAGUUGAACAAGAAGCGGGAUCAGCAACCUUUGCCUUCUUCAGUUUCAAUGGAACUGCUGGAGUGUGGCGUACCAUAGCCAUAAGAGAUGCAGGAGGUUGGAAGGACCGAACUACAGUUGAAGACAUGGACUUGGCAGUUCGAGCAACCCUAAAGGGCUGGAAAUUUGUAUAUGUUGGGGACAUUAGGGUCAAGAGUGAACUGCCGUCCACUUACAAGGCCUACUGUCGGCAGCAAUUCCGGUGGUCUAGUGGUGGUGCAAACUUAUUCCGUAAGAUGGCAAAGGAUGUUUUGUUUGCCAAGGACAUAUCACUCGUCAAGAAAAUCCAUAUGCUCUAUAGCUUCUUCUUUGUGAGGAGAGUUGUAGCGCCAACGGCUGCCUGUAUUCUCUUCAAUGUCAUAAUCCCCAUCUCAGUCACAGUCCCGGAGCUCUACUUACCAGUGUGGGGUGUUGCCUAUAUUCCCAUGGUGCUUACCAUAGUCACAGUUAUAAGACAUCCAAAAAAUCUACACAUAAUGCCUUUUUGGAUUUUGUUUGAGAGUGUGAUGACAUUGCAUCGCAUGAGAGCUGCAGUGACUGGACUGCUGGAAUUAGAAGGGUUCAACCAGUGGACUGUGACCAAGAAGGUGGGGAAUGAUCUCGAGGACACUGAAGUUCCUUUGCUUCAGAAAACCCGGAAAAGGCUAAGGGACAGAGUCAAUUUCCUUGAGAUUGGAUUUUCGGUGUUUCUCUUCCUCUGUGCGUCAUACAACCUGGUGUUCCAUGGGACAAGAAGCUACUACUUGUAUAUGUACCUUCAGGGAUUAGCAUUUCUGUUACUAGGGCUUAACUUCACUGGCACUUGUUCUUGUUGCCAAUGACAGCAUGUCAAAGCUGUAUGAAUUGCUGAUUUAUAAUCAUUUUCUGGCAUCCGUUUGUAAACGUUUCAAAUGGUUUUGAUCUUAGAUGCAUAGAAAGAUGGCAUUAUUCUGCAUGCUCUCAGUGAUUUAGAUCUUGUAAUACAAUACUGUCAUCACAAAGUUACAAGGAUGUGAACGUGGUGGCUGCAAUUAUCAGAAAGUGCUUUUA